AUGACGACUAUACUGCUCAUCUAUUUCUGCCUAGCCAUCAGACUGCAUGCAGAAAAUUCCAACACCUCAACCACCUCCUUUUCUUUUGAAGACGAGUAUUCCAAAAUCUCCACAACAUGCUUCAGCUCAAGAGACUACGAACUGCUAUCAGGAGACUUCAUAAAACAUACCUACGCACGCUCGUUUUCUAGUACUCUGCUCGAAUAUAGUGUGGUAACUAUUGGCCUUGCGGAGUUAAGGAAAGCACUCGCUUUUGGGCCUGUUCGCCCAUGGACACAUUUUAAGUAUGAGAAACCUACUAAACAGGAACUGGAAUCAGCAACCAGUUCAGAGGACUAUUACAACCUAAUUGAACCGACCUAUCCUAUUCAAAGUCUUGACAGUCUUUUCUUAUUCGAGAAGAAUAUCAAUACAGCCGUUGAUUAUUUGGAUAAGAGGCUACCCUCGAUUCGCAAGAUUUUUAGACGGAGAUUUGAAGAAAAGUCUAAAGGAACGAAGAACGAUCGAAAAUUAGUUGAUAUCAUGAUAGAAGAAUGGAACGAGAUGGUUGGAAGAGUUGUGGAUGUAAUCCGCAAUAUGCAGAAGAACGAUGAAAAAUGUUUCAUAGAAAUCGGCCCACUGCGGACGGAGUUAUGGCGUGCAACACAUAAACAGACAGACGGAUCUGUUGAAUUUCUACGGAGUUCGAUUCGACUUUGGUUCCAUUUUCGAGAAGAACUCUUUCUCGGAUUCUCUCAACAAAACUUCGAACAAGUCAUCGUCAAAACCCACGAGAGACUUUCCCUCUACGGAAAACAAUCCGAUGAACUCCGUUCCCGUCGUGUUCAAUCCGAAAUCCAGAUGCUCCGAGAUAUUGUCAAGAAGAUGAACAUCCGCCCACGUGUCCAACGUACUGAUGAGCAAUCUGCUCACACUGUCUUCUACCUCCGCUACAAGGAUAUGGACUUUGUUGUAUUUUCACUUGACCUGCAAACCAUUGACAACCUUCUCGAGAAGUACGUCAGAAACGGAGAAUUCGGCAUCAAGUCUGUUCUCGCUUUUUUGAACAAUGACUACACUUUUGAGAUUCAUCGCACUCUCUUCAUCUACGAAUCCGAGCGCAUCAUCCCAACUAGCAUUGGAGUGCCAUUAUCGAUUUCAGGAAAGAAACCAACCAUAUUUUCUUUCAAACUAUUUUCAUGGUCUCAAAACUGUGUAUUUUUUGUCAUUUAUUGCAUCACCGGUCAGAAUUUGACACCUGUUCAUUGA